AUUCGUCUGCAGUCAGCUGUUUCAAAGUUGUUUAUUUUUUAUAAAUUUUUAUUUGUUCAUCUUGCACAGUCUCUAAAAUGUCAGAGGACAUAUUAUAUGAUUUUUUGCAUGCUGAAAUUGUUAAUUAUUGCUUGAGUAAUAAUAACAAAGAGAACGAUUUUUCAGCCUUGGAGUAUAUUGGAUUCAACACGGGAUAUCGGCUUAUUGAGCGUUUAACACGUGAUGUUCCACGAUUCAAAGACGAAUUGGAGACAAUGAAGUUUAUAUGCACUGACUUUUGGACACUUAUCUAUAAGAAACAGGUCGAUAACCUGCGUACCAAUAAUCACGGCAUGUACGUGGUACAAGAUAAGGCAUUUCGAUUUCUUACACGAAUAUCGACAGGUUCGAAGCAAUUGGAGCACGCGCCUAAGUUCGUAUUUUUCACUUGUGGUCUGGUUCGAGGGGCGCUGACGAAUUUAGGUAUAAAUAGUACCGUGACUGCUGAAGUGCAAACUAUUCCUGCUUGUAAAUUCCAUAUAGAUAUAAAUAGAAACUAAUACAAUAUAUAUUUAAUUUAA